UUGGGCUGCUUGUUUGGGGGAAGGAGGGGAAGGGAGAGGCGGAGGAGAAGAGCCGGGAAAACAGGAGGCUGGGCUCCCGUGCCCACCAAGGCCAGUGCCAGGGGGCAGAGGGCACGGCUCUCCUCUUUGGUGCCCGCCCCGGCCACGUCUUCUUCGCCCAACUUUCUCCGGAGAAAUCUUCGCCCCCCCCCCCCCCCCCGUUACCCAGGGCCGGCAUCCCGGGCUGCCCCCAGGCCCCGCGCCUCGACGGCCCCUCCCUCCCAUGAGGGGUUAGUUAGGCCCCCGGCCUCGGACUCCGGGGUCCCCGAGGAUGGGCAGGUCCCCCGGGUACCCGGGCCCACUGAUGCUGCUGAUGGUGAUGGUGAUGAGCUGGGGCACAGGCCGGGCCCGAGACGCUCCGGAGGCCGUGUUCCUGGAAAGCCCCCAGAACCUGACGACGUCCCUGGGGAAGAGCGCCCGGCUGCGGUGCUCCAUCCGGCUGGCCGGGGAACCGCCCGAGGUCAGCUGGCUGCGGGACGGACGCCCGCUGGACCUGGCCGACAGUAACCAGGUGCAGGUGCCCAUGAGCGACGACGACGACUGGAUGGUCACCAGCGAGCUCAGCAUCUCCUCCCUGCAGCUGUCGGACUCAGGGAUCUACCAGUGCUCCGUUUCGGUGGCGGGGGACCAGAUCCUCUCCAGGCCAGCCCACCUGGGGCUGGAAGGCCUGCCCUUCUUCUCCGAGGAGCCCGAGGACCUGGUGGUGGGGGCCGCCACCCCCUUCAACCUAAGCUGCAGCGCACAGGGCCCCCCAGAUCCGGUACAGCUGCUCUGGCUGCAGGACGGGGUUCCCCUGCACUCCCCGCUGGACGUCCUGGCCCGGCCCCCCUCCACACUGUCUCUGAGCGGGCUAAACGAGACCUCGUCCUUCUCCUGCGAGGCCCACAACGCAAAGGGAGUCACCACCUCCCGGACGGCCACCGUGAAAGUGCUCCCUCAGCGCCCCACCCACCUCCAGUUGGUGUCCAGCAGCCCCACGGAACUGCAGGUGUCCUGGGAGCCGGGGCCCAGUGGGAUAUACCUGCUGACCCACUGCACCGUCCAGGCAGUGCCGUCGGACGGGUCGGGGGCCGGGGGUCCAGACACCCCCCGAGGGGAGCCACGCACGCUCAGCACCGAAGUGCCCCCCUACACCCUGCGGCUGGACGGUCUACACCCCCUCACGGCCUACCACCUCCGCGUGGCCUGUGCCAGCGCCCAGGGGGUCUCCCCUUGGACUCACUGGGUGCCCAUGGAGACCCCGGAGGGAGUGCCCCUGGGCCCUCCGGAGCACGUGACGGCCCUGAGGAACGGCAGCUUGGCCGUGGUGCGUUGGCAGGAGCCUCGACGGCCCAUACCCGGGAUACUGCGGGGGUACAAGCUGGCCUACCGCGGGCAGGACGACCCCGAAGUUCUGGUGGACGUGGGCCCGAGCCGGGAGCUGACACUGAAACUGCGAGAGCCUUUGCAGAACCUCACGGUGCGUGUGGCGGCCUACACCGGCGCGGGAGACGGACCCUGGAGCGCUCCGGUGCCCCUUGCCCCCCACGAAGCGGAGGACGGUCCACCCGUGCGGCAGCAUGUCCAGGAACCACCUGCUCCCGCCUUCUCUUGGCCCUGGUGGUACAUCCUCCUCGGAGCGGGCGCUGCCACUGCCUGCGUCCUCUUCCUCGCCCUCUUCCUCGUCCAGCGCCGCAAGAAGGAGACUCGCUACGGGGAAGUGUUCGAGCCCAGCGUGGAGCGGGGAGAACUGGUGGUCAGAUAUCGGGUCCGCAAAUCCUAUAGCCGCCGCACUACGGAAGCCACCCUAAACAGCCUGGGCAUCAGCGAGGAGCUGAAGGAAAAGCUGAGAGAUGUCAUGGUGGACAGACACAAGGUGGCAUUGGGCAAGACCCUGGGGGAAGGAGAGUUCGGCUCGGUCAUGGAAGGACAGCUCAACCAGGAUGACCACGUCCUCAAGGUGGCCGUCAAGACCAUGAAGAUCGCCAUCUGCACCCGCACGGAGCUGGAGGAUUUCCUGAGCGAGGCCGUGUGCAUGAAGGAAUUUGACCAUCCCAACGUCAUGAGGCUCAUCGGGGUCUGCCUGCAGGGCAGCGAGGGCCAGGAGUUUCCUGCCCCCGUGGUGAUCCUGCCCUUCAUGAAGCACGGAGAUCUGCACAGUUUCCUGCUCUACUCGAGGCUCGGAGAUGCGCCCGUGUUCCUCCCCACCCAGACUCUGGUGAAGUUUAUGACGGACAUCGCCAGUGGCAUGGAAUACCUCAGCUCCAAACACUUCAUCCACAGGGACCUGGCGGCCCGCAAUUGCAUGCUGAACGAAAACAUGACCGUGUGCGUGGCCGACUUCGGCCUCUCCAAGAAGAUCUACAACGGCGACUACUACCGGCAGGGCCGCAUCGCCAAGAUGCCCGUCAAGUGGAUCGCCAUCGAGAGCCUGGCCGACCGCGUCUACACCAGCAAGAGCGACGUGUGGUCCUUCGGGGUCACCAUGUGGGAGAUCGCGACGCGGGGCCAGACUCCGUACCCCGGCGUGGAGAACAGCGAGAUCUACGACUACCUGCGCCAGGGAAACCGCCUCAAGCAGCCGCUGGACUGCCUCGAUGGGCUGUACGAGCUCAUGUCCAGCUGCUGGUCGCUGAGCCCCGUGGAGCGGCCCACCUUCGCGGCCUUGCGUGAGGAGCUGGAGUUCACCCUGAAGGGCCUGCCCCUCGCCCAGGACCCCGAAGAAAUCCUCUACGUCAACAUGGAGGACGGGGGGCGCCCGGGGGCGGCGGGGGCCCAAGGGGAGCCCGAGGGGGCCCAAGGGGAGACCGACUGCAAGGCCGGCUGCAGCUGCGUCACGGCCGAGGUCCACACCGCCGACCCGGCCGGCCGCUAUGUCAUGUGUCCCGCCCCGCUGGGGGACCCCCCCCCAGCCGGCCCCCUGCGCCGCCUCUGAGGAGGGGGCCUGACGGGGUGGCGGGGGGUCACCACGGACUCUGAAACUGGGAGCGGCUGGGAUUUCGGGGGGUCCCGCACCCCUGCGGCCCUGUCUCCCUCUCCCAACCGAGGUACUGCCACCUUCCCAGCCAAUGCCCCCUCUCCAAGCGGCCAACCUCCCUGCCCUUGCUCUAGUGAUGCCCACACACCCCUUAACCGCCCCUGCCCACCCCAAGCUGCCCCCCACUUCCCCCCCCGGCCCACCUGUCACCCUCACCCCCCUCCCCGCUGGGCCUCCUCUCAAGGGCAGCCCUCCCCUCGCCUCCCCGUGUACAGCCCUCGUGUACAGUGAGCGUCUGUGGGGCCACCGAGGCCAGGCCCGAGCCCUUGCUGCCAGUUUGCACUGCCAGGAUCACCCACAUAAAUACUUUGUAUCAA